AUGUCCGUGGAGCGGAAGUGGCACGCGGACGGUUUCUCUCUGGAUGUCUCGCCUGUUGUAAACACCGUCAGUGGCUCACGCAUGAUACCCUCUGGCCUGGGCCUGGACGAGAUCCACUCGGCCGUGGCCGCCGAUUGCUUCGAGGUGUCAGCAGCUGGAAUGGACGAAGAUGGGAGGUUUCGACUGCCCCUCGGUGUAUCGGUAACGUUGGGGACGACAUCGCUGGAGGUGGCCUUCAAAGAUAAGGCCGGAAUGGAACGAAUCUUGCGAAGAGACUUCCUGUCGGAAGAGGAAGCUCCCAAAGUCGCCGUGUGGACAAAGUAA